UCAACAUGUGGCUGGAGAUAAUUUUAAUGAUGAAGGAGUCGUACAAUCAGUUACAAUAACUACCAAGACACUUCAUAUGGGCAAUUCUGUUUUCAUAUCUGUAUGGGCUGUUAACGGGGUUGGAUUAAAAAGUCAACCUGCUCAUUCUGAAUUUGAACUUGUAGAAGGAGGAAUGUUAGAUUUAGCCAGGAGAUGUCAACCGUAUAAUUGUCUUGGACAUUGUGUUUGUGCUGCACAAGACAAAACAUGUUCAGAUGCUGACAACUGUAGAGACAUCUCAACAGGGAAUCCAAAUAACAUUAUCCAAGUUACAGACAUGACUAAUUUGAUGUCAUCUGAUGCUACACAGUCUUACUACACAUCGUCUGAUAAUUUUCUAGCUGCCAGAUGGAGGAUAAUAAACCCACAAGGCAUCUCUCCUAUAAGAUAUGAAUGCAGUGCCGGACAUUCCGGUGAAAAUUCACCCAGUGGAAUAUAUGACACUGAUACAGAAAGGACAUGGUUUGAUGUUGGUGAAAAUACCGAAACUAUAAUUACUUUACCUACAGCUAAAGUUUUAGAUAAGUCUAUAACAUAUAGUGUAUUUGUGAGGGUAUGGUAUAAUGCAAAUCAAUAUGCGAUAUUUAAGUCUCCUGGUAUUACACCACUGAUGUCUGCUCCGAGUGUCAGUCACAUAGCGGGAGCUGAUAUAAAAGAAUUAGAAACUAUAUUAAGUGUUAAGGAUUUAGAUUACCAAACAUCCAGCAAUCAGAUUAUUGUUGGUUGGAAGAAUAAAUUUAGAGGAGGAAUUCAUGGAUUCGAUUAUUUUAAGCCUUAUAUAAGCACCCAUCCACAAGGCCACAACGUUCAUCAGUCAUCUACAAGAGUACCUGGAAAUACUAGUGUAUAUACAGCUACUAAUCUAAAUCUACAAGAGAAUAGAGAAUAUUAUAGUACUGUACUAGCUUAUAAUAAAGCAGGAUUAUUGAGCUGGGCCAAUAGUGAUGGAAUAUUAAUAGACAAUACAACUCCCACUUCUGGUAUUAUAUAUGAUGGUAAUGAUAUCUAUGAUAAAGAUUACCAAAACUCUACAACAGUUAUAUCAUCAUCGUGGUAUGGUUUUACUGAUAGUGGUACUAGUAUAGUUAAAUAUUACUGGUGUAUUGGUACUGGUAUUAGUACUACAGAUUGUAAUAUACACGACUGGAAGAAUGUAGGAUUAAAUACUAGAGUGUCUGUAAACCUAACCUCACCUUUAAAUCAUGGUAUGAAAAUUUAUAAUAAAGUGUAUGCUGUAGAUGGAAGUGGGUUGAAAUCUGAUGUAGCAGUGUCUGGUGGUAUUACAAUUGAUAUCACGCCCCCAGUACCGGUUGAUAUAGAUUAUAUUGGAGAAAAUCUCAUCGCCAACCCAUCAUUUGAAGAAGGCGUGACAGAAUCAAAUAAGGAAUGUGAUGACCAACCACCAGCUCCUUGGUAUAUUGACUCCACCUCGUGUAUUAAAAUCAUCCAAUCACAACCUUCCGUUUCAAAAGAGGGUGGAACCUAUAUUAAAGUGAAAGGUCAUAUUCAACAAACAGUUUUUGAUUUAAACACCCACAGUGCUUAUCAUGUUAUAGUACAUGUCGGAUAUCCACAUGAUGUUAGCAUUCAGCAUCACAACGUGGAAGGUUUCGUGCAAUUCGGACAAGAAACUCACACUUUCAGCCUUGACCCAGAACGAUGUCGGGGGAUAUGUGACAUCAACCAACAGCCAUUAAUAUUAUGGAACAAAUUUACUUAUGUAUUCUAUCCAAGAGAAGCAAGCGAAGUGAUAAGAAUUGGUACAAGUAAAUUACAUAUGAUAUUAGCUGUAGAUGAUGUAUAUGUACAACAAGUUAAUUAUAUAGAUAUAACCAGUGAUUCUAAUCAUUUAAUACAUCAUACAGUGUUUAGACCUUAUUGGUCAUCUCUUCAUCUUACCUGGCAUUUUAAAGAUGAUCAAAGUCCUAUUACAGAUUAUCAAUGGGCACUAGGAACUGUGAAAGGUGGAACCCAGAUUCAGUCGUUCACAAGUGUUGGCAGAAAUCAGCACGCUACAGCAUCUGGUCUAAAUUUAGCCCAUAAUACAUUACUUUACUUGACGGUGAUGUCAACCAAUGGCGCCGGACUAACAACUGUCAGCCAAUCAGAGAGUAUUGUUGCCGAUAUGACUCCGCCAAUAAUAUCAGAGAUGAACGAUGGUAUAGAGAAUGAUGUAAAUUUCCAGCUAACCAAACUUAUAUCAGUUAAUUGGAAAGUAGGAGAUCCAGAAUCAGGAGUAGAAUAUUGUCAUUGGGCUAUAGUGUAUUAG